UCCGUUCUCCAUAAACGUUUAACGUACCACCGACGCGACCGUGAUAGACCCUGUAUACUUCUUAAAAUAUUUUCAGACGAAAAUCAUUAUUUUAAAUUUAGAAUGUUUAUUUAUUUGAACUAUUACGCUAAUAUCGGUGCACGUAUAUUCUCUGAUGCCGAAUAAUGAUGAGCCUGAUCUAAUUGUAUAUACGAGUUAACAAUCUAUUUUUUUGAUAAUUACCUAGGAUUGGUGAAAAAUUGAUUAUUGCGCCAUUAUAAAACAUAUUUUCUCUGAAAAAAAAUUAAAAUCUUUUUGUUCAAUCUGCAAUGAAGAUGAGAAGAAGGAUAAGCGUAUUUGUAUUGUCUGUGAAACUUACGUUCAUGAAGAUUGUUUUCGGUUGAAGAAUACUGAUAAAGAGGACUUCAUAUGCCCGAAAUAUGUAUUAUAAAUUAUUCAAUAUACAUACUUAUUUUCUGUAUUGACAGUUGCAUUUCUUCAUUUGAACCAUUCAAUGUUUUUAUUUUAUUUUCAAUAUUAUGCAACAAUUAGUUUUUAUUUUGUUUUCAAUUUUAUCAAUACCCUCGAAAUUUGUAUUUUCACCUCCCAAAAACUUAUUAUUAAACAUUAUCAUAAUCAAAAAAAAAAUACGUAGGUCAUAUUGGGUAUACAGUUACCUUAUACAGAGUGUGGAAAAGUGAUAACAAAAUUCAGUACGUAAGGUACAGUUUAUGAUGAUCUACAACUUUGGUCGCCAUAUUAUUUGAAAUCAACAAUCAAAUGGAGGAACAGGAUAUCAAAAUGCUUCGAGAAAAUCAAUGUCCAAAUAGAACAGGAAAGAGCAAAAACAUUAAUGAAUAUGGAUAAAUUGUUUGAAAUGUCAUACUUCAUUUUAAUGAAAUUCAGAUAUAUACCGUUGGUGUUCAAAGUGAUGAAAGUUUUGAACCGAAUAAGGAUAAACUUUUCUAGAAUGCUAAUUUGGGAACUAAGAAGAGAUAUAUUGGUUUAUCAUCACAAAAGAACCGUAAGCGAUGUACUUGGGAUGUUUGUGAGAUUAUUGGGAUAUUCUAUCCCCAAAGAAACACCACAGCAGUUAGACGUCGAACUGGAGGCAGCUCUUUUAACCUGCAUGAAGACACAUUACUGCUAUCCGAAACAAGUACUCAGAGUGCUGCUCACCCUGUUGAGCAAAAAAUAUGUACACAUAACCGUCUCUAAUGUCAAUAUAAUAGAGAAAUUCUUGACUGCCUUUGCGGAUUUUUGGUUUGAUUUCCACCCCUAUAAAGAUUUGGCUCUAGUUGAAGGCCUAGUUGAAUGCCUGCACAAUAUCUACAUGGACUAUAGAGACGACGGGGAAAUCGUCAACCGAAUGACGUCCAGAUUUUUGAUAGGAACGUUGUUCGACAUGUGGAGAACAAAUGCUGUACUCAUCAUGGACAAGCAUUUCAUAAUACGCAUACUAAGCGUAAUUGCCGUACACGACAAUAAGAACGCUAGGUUCCUAUUGCGUCUUAAAAUACUGGAUUGCAUAUCCAAAUUUUAUGAUCAAUAUAAGAACAUGGAUCCUUAUCCUCAAUACGACUUGAUUGUUCUGAUGUGGGCUCUCAUGCCUAAUCUUACUGAUGAGUAUAUAGUAAGAGUGAACGAAAAAAAGAAUCAAGAAAAUGACAAGUCCUAUGAGUGGAACACUUGGCACAAAGUCAUCGGUGGGCAAUCUACCUUUCCAUUUACACCAAAGGUAUCCUCUUUCUUACAAGUGACAAGUCAGAACCAGGUUGUAGAUAAUGUUUUGAUUAUUGACGACAACAAAGUAUGCCAAGUAAACGUGAAAGACAAAACCAUGAUAAAUUUCGCAACGAUGAUGACAACAGAGCUCAUCGUGAAGAAGUCCGAUAUCUCCAUAUUGCAUUUGAAAAAAACAAAACGAUACUCGCCAAAGGAGUUACCGAGAGAAUACGUGAAGUACGUCUACCGAUUCAUCCACUCGAGACUUGAAACCUUUUUUCCAAAAGAAAAGGAUCUGUUGAUGGAAACGCUUCAUACUUUGAUUUCUUCCUUGUCCGACAGACAACGCAACGAACUCUUAUUUAAAAUAUACAAGGAAGAAACACAAGAAGAAAUUCAAGGUCACGAAGAGACACGAAGGGACCACCAAGACCAGGGUAAUCUCUUGGGAGCUGCGGAAGAUCUUUCCGCUGAACAACAAGUGUUCAAUCGAAAUGAGGCGGAAGCACCUCUCUUGGUAGCAAUAGAUCUUCCCGUUGAACAAGAAGCGUUCAAUCGGGAGGAGGCGGAACCACCUGUCUUGGAAGCUGUAGAAGAUCUUUAUGUUGAUCAGGAAGCGUUCAAUCGAGAGGAGGCGGAAGCACCUAUCUUGGUAGCAAUAGAUCUUCCCGUUGAACAAGAAGAGUCCAACCAAGUGGAGACUGAAGAAAUUGACGUUGAACAAGAAGAUUUUAACCAAGUAAUAAUUGAAGCAGAACAGUCCGUUGUUGAACGUACAGGUGUUCAAGAAGUCCAGACAGACGAGAAUGAUCUACUUUAUGAUGUAGAUGAGGAUUAUUUUUACGACCCAACAGCUGUCACAUCUAACUCGCUCAUAGAGAAGUUGUUUGGACAAAUAGUGUUUUCAGAAACGGACGUAGUGAACACGACAUAUGAAGCGCUGAUUUGUUCAAGUCUCUUUCGACUAUAUUAUCAUCCCGAGCCUUACGGCGAAGAAUGUGUAAAGCAAUGUUCAUUGUCUCGCUUGCUGGAUGCUUCCAGAAUUUCUGGGAUUAUGGCUGAAUGUCGGGCUGAAUACGAAUUGAUCGUCCAAGAACAAAGGCCACUCAUUGAAAGCGCUUCUAGCAAUAAUACUGUAUCACAAAAUUCGAAGGCCACAGCAUAUUUUCGAGAAAAACGCAAACAGUUUGUGGAAACUACACCCAAUAAUCUAUUUACUCAUUCUGAACUCGUAAGAUUGGUGCACAUGUUGCUUAACGAAGUCGGAGAAAAUAUGAAUCAGUUCUUUUACGUUUUCUUAGACGUAGAAAAAAUUGGGGAUGAAGAGGUGGUUUCUGCUGAACCAUUUAGAAAAUUUGUCGAAAAACUCUUGGAUUUAGCGAGAUAUCACUAUGAACUAAAAGGAAGUAAAUACCCAUGGCCUCAAGAAAUGACAACUGAUGAAAUAUUCUUCGCUGGAGUACACACCAUAAGAUAUAUUUCAAUGAAAACAAUCCAUAUUCUUUUUAUGGACUCCGAUCGCCGUGAAAUCGUAAGAGAUGAAAUAUAUCCCUUCACCUCGAUAGAAUACUUGGAGCACUACAUGUACGAGACUCAUUAUGCUAAUGAGAAAAAUAUCCACUACCAAUUUAAAGAAUGGAUUAAUUCUAGCAAUAAAGUGAAGCUUUACAUGAAUGACAUUGAGCUUCCUUCUAAAAUAACACUAUACGAAGCAAUUAAUAAAUAUGGAUUUGUGAAGGAUGAAAUUUACACAACGCAAUACGUUAUUUUCUUAAAAAAAGUUGACAUUUCCCAGGAGCCAGAAGACGAUGUUACGAAAGAAAGAGAUCCACUAUGGGAUGACUUGAAGUAUAGGAAAUUUUUCGAUAGUGCGUAUGGAGACACUGUUCUACUGAUUCUCGCCCUCCUCUAUCGAAUGAACAGAUUUGGAUCGCGUCUUUUUAAACCCCUGGACCGAGAAACUCUCAUAGACAAAAAAGAAUUUGUAUUUCCUCAGCUGGAUAAGUCUGUGGCAAAGACUCUCUUCGACCCUUUCAGCGCUCUCACUGGGAAUUAUCCAGAAUGGAUUGUUGAGAUUGUAAAGUCUUACCCCUUUCUCUUCUCUUUUGAUACUAGGAAGAUGGCAUUUGAAGUACUAGUGACUGAUAGACUUCGUGCUGCCACAGCAGUUUUCGAUAGACAUAAAAUCUUUUACGAAACUUUCACACUUGAUGACAGAUAUCCAUUAGUGAAUAUCAACAAGAAAUACGUACUGGAUCAAGUCAAAAAUGCCCUUAAGCAAACACGGCCAUAUUCCCACUGGAACACGACCUACGAUUCACAAAUGGGCAGUGGCGUAGGGGUAGAACAAGACGUGUGCACAACCGUGGCUGAGAGCCUGAUGCAAGCUGAUCUCAACCUAUGGGCCGCCUCAAAAGACGAAGUUACCAAUUCAGGAUACCUACGCACCGAAGCAGGACUCUAUCCCGAUCUCAACCUAGGGGAAAGAGGGAAAUACGAUAGCCAUUUCAAUGAAUGUUCGCAAGACAUGAAAUUUGAAAUCAUCGGAACGUUUAUGGCGAAGGCCAUCUUGGAUCGCAGGAUAUUCCCCUUGCCACUGUCGCAGACUGUGUUCAAGUGGUUGACGCAAGAAGAAAUGGAACUGUGCGUCGAUGAUCUGAAAUAUGUCGAUCCGUCGUACUACAGAUUGCUUAAAAUUAUCCAAGAUAAGGAUGAUGAGUCAAAAAUUCGAAAUAGUUCGCCAGACUUGAACUGGACGAGGGCAUUGAUCAAUAGGAUUCCUCAAGAAUCGCUACUAACCUCAAUAGAAGACUUUUGUUUAACGUUUGUGUUACCUCGUCACGAAAUUGAAUUGAUCCCGGACGGUAUGAACUUCUUGGUCACGAAUGAAAGCGCUACUUACUAUUCAUACAAAAUGGUGGAUUCCAUUCUGAAAUCUGGUGUGAGAGACAGUAUGAUUGCCAUGAGACGAGGUUUCAAUCGAAUUAUCAAACUCGAAUACCUGCUGAUGUUAGAGCCUUCGGAGUUGCUGGGAAUGACGUGUGGAGCUGAGGACUCGCAAUUCUGGACUUUCGAUCAUUUCAUAGCUAACAUCGAACUGUCAAAAUUCCCUGUUAAUUGUCCGACAGUAUUGGACACUUUCGAUAUAAUUUCAAAGAUGACCAUCGAAGAGAAGAGGAGAUUCUUACAUUUUGUAACUGGAUGUCCCUAUCUGCCUCCUAAAGGGUUUGCAGGUCUAGAGCCCCGCUUGCAUAUAGCACGCCUAGACAGGCAUAAAUCACCAUUUGUCCAAACCUGUUUCAAUAAAAUAUAUCUACCUGCUGGAAUCAAGAAAGAAAAACUGAGAAAAUUCUAUUAUUUAGGAAUAACUGAGGGAUAUCAGUCUUUUGGACUCGCAUAGAAUUAUAACAUCUUUUGUACAAAACUAUUUCGACCGAAUGUCAUUAUCCAAGAAAAAUCGAAAAAAUUCCCCUUAUAAGACAUUAUUAAUUGUAUUCGAUUCUUUAAAAAAUUUUCCGUACAAACCUGCUUCAAAAAAUAUAUAUACCAGAUAACUUUAGUAGGGAAAAAUAAUAAAAUAUCCCUUAUGUAGGCAUCACCGAAUGAUAAUAAUUUUUAACUUUUUUUUAAUGUAAAUCUGUGAUAUUUUCAGGAUGUAAAAUAAACAAAGAAUAAGUACAUAUUUUGAAUUUAUGAAUAUUGGCUGUGAAAGAUUUACUGUGAUAUUUCCAAUUGUGAUGAUAUUGUAAUAUUCUGUAUUAUAUAAGAUUUAUUUUGUACAUAAUUGAAACUGGAAACUAAGCUGAUAUUCAUGAACAUUAUUAAAGUACAUAUUUGAUAUUGAGAAUGACCUGUUUUGACAAAGUGCAGGAUAAAUUAGAAUUGAAAAAAAAUAAUGUAACAUACCUAAACAUAUUGCGAAUUUUAUGAAUUGCUCUUACUAGGCUACACUUUUGAAAUGAUGUAACAACUUUUUUAUUUAGUUUUGAUUAUGAAUACUUAUUAUUGUAUAUAUUGUAUAU